AUGAGUCGUUCUGCGGAAAAGUGCAAUAUGUCAUCGACGGUGGAUUCUUACUACACAAAGUUUUUUGGCCCGAGAAGCAAUCCUUUUCUGCAAUAUGUAACAGGACAUCGACCUGUUGGUCGACCUGUCAACGAAGCCCUGUCUUUGGCUGAACGUACUGAGACUGAGGUGGUGGUUGUUGGAGAGGACAUCGACCUGUUGGUCAUCCUUACGGGUCUUUGUCUACGAGAUAACGUAUUCUUCCUGAAACUAGGGAAGGGAAAUGUUCCUCCAACCACCUACUCUCCUAUGCAUGCUCUGACAAACAAAACCAUAAGAGAAUACAUCAUGUUUCUUUAUGCAAUGAGUGGUUGUGAUACAACUUCAGCACCUUGCAACCAAGGAAAGUUCGUGAAAACUGUCACCAAAAACCCCAACCUUGCUGAUGUUGUGAGUGUGUUCAAAAACCCUGAGGCAACUCCAGAAAGCAUUGCAACAGCAGGGGAGAGAUUCCUGGUCAACCUGUACGGCUUCACAGGAAGGACUGAGCCGUCGAUAAACCGUCUGAGGUAUAUCAAUUAUGCGAAGGCAGCUUUCAAGACUUCAUCAAAAAUAGCUGCACUACCACCAUCAGCUGCUGCAGCCACACAGCACAGUUUUAGGGUAUAUCUCCAAGUGCAGCAAUGGCUAGGAGUUGAGAAGAAUGCCGAAGAUUGGGGUUGGAAACGAGCAACAAAUGGCCUGGAACCGAUCAAUUCUCUACAAGCCUCCGCUCCUCUCGAACUACUGCGUCUGGUCUCAUGUAGAUGCAUCAAGACGUGGGCAAAGAAAUGUAGUUGCAAAAAAGCAGGCCUCGAUUGCACAAAUUUGUGCAUCGACUGUGAGGGGUCCUGCAACAAUGUGACAAUCGAGGCAGAUCUCACUAUGCCCCUCAAUGACGGGCCAUUCGACGUUGAAGUACAGGACGAACUGGGCUUCACCUUCGCCCCGGUAGUUGAGACCAUCGAAAAGAGUAUGGACAAGGAGGAUGAAGGACUCCAGCGAAAUGAGAACAAAUUUCAAUUGGGUUCUACAAUGGCCACGCAGGACCGUAAUCAGGACAAUAAUUACAAUGGAACAAAGGCACGUGUACUUCCAUCAAUACACGGCAAAUAG